AUUUUGAUUUAUUGUUUACUCCAGAACCACCAUCAGAAACUGCAACAAGAACUCUUACAAUUGUUACCAAAGCCAUUCAGAAUCUUGCCAAUUUAAUUGAAUUUGGUGCUAAGGAACCAUAUAUGGAAGCAUUGAAUCCAUUUAUUGUUCUCAAUAAAGGACGCAUGAUACGCUUUCUAGAUGAACUAUCGAACAUGACAGAAUGGCCUGAAAUUGGACCACCCACCUCAUCGGAUUUGAGCAGAGACCUAGCUGCAUUACAUCAGAUAUGUUUUGCUCAUAUAAAAGAUAUUCACCGAUUAAGUACCUCCAAGCCACAUUUGAAGAAACUUCUUGCAGUGACAAAGACAUUGACACAGCGACAGAAACAGUAUAUUGGAGACACAAGUUGAAGGUUGAUAGAUUGAUUCCUAUAGUGAUGUCAGAUUGCCAGUGUCUAGUUAGACAUUGCUCUAAACUCUUAUUAUCCAUAUAUAUAUAUAUAAAAUUGAAACUUCUUUUUAUUAAGAAGAAACUGCUUAAUGAUCGUAACAGCACUAAAUAAAAUGCACCA